AUGGAUUCGCAGGCCUUCAGUCCGAGCUUUGAGGAUGAGCUCACAAGAUGUGCAACAAUAAUAGAGCGCUUCAUUGUUUCGCUUGUGAAUGUCGCCUACUACGCGUGCUUCCACAAGCAGAACGAAGAUGCGUCGCCCUCAACAGCCGCUGCUAAAAGCGCAGCUUUUAAGAAAGUCAGGGACAGUUUGUUGGCGCUUGCUGUUCGCGCUGAAAAGCUGACCAGCUCUGAGAAGAUCAGUCCUGCGGACAUGAAGGGCUUGGUUUGUCGAGAUUUCCUCCAAGAGCUGCAUCGCUGUUCUGAGGUCGCGAGCGAUGAAUUGCUCCAGGUAUUAAACCCUAUAACUACGAAGCCUCUUGAUGGGUACGAGGAGCCCUCGUCGCUGAACAAAAUACCCACUCACCUACGAAACUGUAUCCUAGGAUUCGUCCAGAUAUUCCACUUUUUUCGAAAACUGCCUGUGCAGGAACAGUAUCACAUCUCUGCACUCCAAGCACGCAUUCUAGAGCGCGAGCUCAAGUCCGACCUACUUGGGCCGUGGACGCGCCAGGUUGAGACUCUACAUUCGACAAUUGGAUGGAUUCUUCUCUCAGAUUCUCACUUUCAACAGAAACUGAACGAGUACAAGAGUAAAACACAGACUGAGCCAGGUGCACUGGCAUUUAAUGAAUGGCUUAGGCAUGAAAUCAGACAGUAG